AAAAGAAUUAAUUUUAAUAUAUGGACAAAUUAGAAUUUUCUAUUGUUUGGGGAGUACCAUCUAAGGUUAUUUAUUAAGCUCUUCUUGAUCCAUUUGAGAUUAUGUAAUAUACAAGAGCACCUGCAGUUGUUGAAGCAAAAGAAGGAGGAUUAUAUAAAAUAAUGGAAGGACGUAUAGAGGGUGUGUUCAAUAAAUUAGUAUGAUUAUAUUAUAUAUUUAGGUUGAAAAUCAAGAAAUAUAAAUGACAUGGAAAUUCAAUAAUUGGAAAUAAUUCUCAAAUGUUACACUUAGACUUAUUGAAAGGGAAGAUAGUUGUGAAUUGAAAAUAACAUAAACUAAUUUCCCUUAAGAUAUUGAUAAAGUUAAGUUGGAAGAUGGAUGGAAAAAUUAAAUAUUUAUUCCAAUGAGCAAGAUUAGAGGUUAUCCUAUUGAAGAUGAUGAUUGAUCAUUUUUUUAAUGCUGUUCAAGUCAUUUAUUUAAUUAUUA